UGCCUCGUUUUCAAUGAGACACAUACGGGUAUUGCUAAAGAUGGCGACUUACAAUUUGGUCAGGUGCCACGAAUAUUUGCCUUCAUGACGAUCGAGAGUUCGUGAUAUUCGCCGUUAAAGCCCCGGCGUCUGUUUAUCAGAAAACAAAUGGUGGCUUGCAAGAUGUUAUUUCCUAGAAUAACUCCAAGAAGAGUGGCCCUGUGUUUGGUGGUUGCCACUGCCAUUGCCAUUCUCUAUGUGUGGAAUCCAGGGGCCAAAAAGACAAGGCCUCUUAAGAGAUCUUUCCCACAAAUCAUAGAUGAAACGUCUACAAAACAUUCACCAGGGGGCAGUAAGCUGUUGCUAGGCAACUGCACAGGACAGCCCACCCAUGUGCUGUUGACAGCUGAUAGUGCCAUGCUGGGAGGGAUGAUAGCAGCCGUGAACAGUAUUCACCUUAACGCCAAGUGUCCUGUCAAGUUUCAUCUGGUCACAACCACAGACUGUGCCAAACAUUUGAGGACGUGGAUUCAAGCCACUUCCUUGAGCAAGAUAGACUAUGAGCUGUUGGUCUUCAAUAAACGCUUAGUCACAGGCAUGAUAAAGUUACGAGGAGGAAGAGAGGAGCUGAGUAGACCUAUUGUGUACGCUAGAUUUUUUGUUCCUACUUUGCUGCCUGAUCUCCAGGGUCGUGUUGUUUACGUGGACAGUGAUGUGAUAGUACAGGGUGACAUAGGAGAGCUGAACAAAACCCGGAUCCGCAGGGGUCAUGCUGUGGCCGUCUCGGAGGACUGUAACUCGGUGUCCAAAAGAUUCAGUCACAUUCAGAACAACUACCAGAACUAUAUCAACUUUAAAAACCCUUCAAUAAAGCGACUGAAGAUGAGUCCGUUGGCUUGCUCUUUUAACCCUGGUGUGUUUGCUAUGGAUAUAACUACCUGGAAACAAACCAACAUGACUCUCAAGAUACAACACUGGUUACAGCUGAAUACAUGGCAGGAGGUGUAUGGUACUGGUAUAGCAGGAGGAGCAGCACAGCCACCUAUGAUGAUAGCCCUGUAUAAGAGGUUCUCUCUGCUCAACCCAAUGUGGAAUGUCAGACAUUUAGGUAUGCGCUAUAAGAAGAUGUACUCAGACCAGUUCAUAUCCCGUGCCAAGCUGAUCCACUGGGACGGUCCCACUAAACCAUGGGACGGUGGGGCUCAGUUCUCUAAAAUAUGGGACAAGUACUAUAUCCCAGAUCCUACGGGACAGUUCAAAGUAGCCAGGAGAUAUGGGACGGUAUAAAGAGUCCUGUCCUGGUGCUGGGGACAUGGGACAAAUUUACAAGCCUCUCCCACACCAGAUAAAAAUGCUCUAAUGUUCAGCCUUGGUUUAAAUUUGAAAUCCUGUAACAGUAGAAAUAAUCAGAAGCUUAUUUCUAUUCCUGAUGCUGCUGUUAAACUGUUGCAGAAGAAAUCAUCACAGUGUGAAAAUGUCAUAAAGGUUAUUUAGUAAGAGAAUGAAAAUAUUAAUUUUUUAACCAUUUAUUAGAAUAAUCAUCAUGGGAAAAAUCCUGAUGCCUAGGUUUUUGUGAGUCAUCAAAAGUUGCCAGGUAGCCUUCAGAACCUUAAGGUGCUAUAAAAAAGAGUCGAAGACUUUCCCUAAAACUUCCUGCAAAGUUUCCAUUUUUGCUUAAGCAUGUAUUAGCCUCAGAUUUUUUUUGUACCUUUCCUUGUUUAUAAAAAUAAUAAUCAAAAGCCAAAAAAAGAUGAUGUGCACAUUUUAAUUGGAUGUUGAGACAUAUGAAAGAAAACAAAUUUAUAAGUCAUUUAUUCAUUUUCUGCUAUUUUAUUAUAUAAAAUGAUGAGACUGGAGUUCAUUAUUAGCUUUUUCCAGGAAGUAGAAAGUCAUUAAGGAAAUUUUUUAGAAAUUUUGCUUUGAUAUGUAAGUCGGCACUUGUCCUUCUCAAAUUUAGUCUUAAAUUACAUUGUCCCCAGUGUUUGGUUUAGUGUGACUUGAUGUUCUGUGUCAUAGUAAAAUAUAUUCAUAAGUUCAUAUUGCCAUUCCUGUAUCUAAAUGACAUUUUUCUGGAAAUAUUCCAAUUUAACAGCAUUAAAGAGACAUAAAACAAACUACGCACAGUAUAGCUCCAUUAAAUAUAUGAAUCUUUGGUUAUUUUGGUAAAUUUAAUUUUAGCCUUUCUAGAGCUUUUGCUUAAUAAUAUAAAUAUAUGUCAUAGGGCCUGAUACAAUAACUAUACAUAAUUAACUAUUACUUCAUAAGAUUAAAACAUUAAAUUCAGUAGUUAGAAUUUAGCCGGUUGGAAUUUAGUAGAGAAGUGUAUUUGAUAUGCCAUAAAUUACAUUUGAUUAAAUGAUAUGUCAGGUUCAAUUAAUUCUCACUGCAUGCCAUUUUAAUUUUCAAUAACAAUUAUUUUAUUUUAGAUGAGACUGAGACUGUUGUUUAAGUUGUAGUCCACUGUUUGAAACCGUGAGAGUUUAUCUGAAAACUUGUGGUGCACUUAGAAAGUUUUGUACCAAAAAGUAUCAGAUAAAAGUUUUUUUUUUUUUCUCUCAUACAUUAGGAAUAUCUGGUAAGAGUUCAUUUUAAAAUCCAUUAAAGUCAUUUAGCAAGGGAGCGAAAGAAGACAUUUUUAUUAUCAGUGAACAACUGUAAUGUAGACAGACUUUGCCAUAUAUAAAAGAGAGCAUCCAUCAUAUUCACAUAAAUUAUUAUCAUUGACAAAUUAUGAAAACAUUGUGCUUCAUUAGCUGCAAUGGUGCUUCUUGAAUAUUUUAUAUAUCAUCAUUAUCAAUUUGAAUUCGUCUUUUAUCUAGCUCUUAUGUAUAGACUUGUAGAAUGUUAAGAAUGUGUUGUCCAAGUCAGUCUGAAUGUCAGCUUUUACUUUUGAAGAAAUUGUGUCAAAAUUAAUACAAAGGUCCCAGAUAAUGCAGUAUUCAUGCUGUUUGCAAAUUUUAAUUAUAACAUUUUUAUUAUUACUUUUAUUGGUACAUUGACAAGUUUCCUUAACCCAUAAUGUAAUUUUUUUUCCUUUUUUUAAGCAGAACAUUGUUGGUCAGUAGUACAUAGUGAAUGUCUCUUAGUAUGAUCCCAAGAUGAAACUGAAAACCAUCUAAAUCAGUGAAGAAUUAUUGUUAAGGAAGAUAAAAUUUGAAUUUAUUUGUCAAUGUUAUUAAGUCCAUUAUGUCUAAGAACAAGGUAUUAUUUGCCAUAAAAGGAAAAUAAGACUAGAUAUGUCUCAGCACGAGGUUGUGCAGUCAACUGCCCUCUGAUUAUGAAUGACCAAUGGUGCUUCUUAUUUUAUUAUUUGGAAUUAAAAGAGAAUUUGCCUUCCAUAGUUACUUUAAUUUCAAGGACUAUCUGGAGAGCUGAACUCAAUUGCAAUUCGAGGAAAAAGCUGAUAAAAGCAUGAAACAAGAAUUUAUGAAGCACUUUUUUGUGACUAUGAAUCUCAGUUUAGUUGAAUUUUUAUCAGAAAGGAUUAGUUUUCACUCAACUUGUGAUAAAGAAUGGCAUUUAUAGUUCAGAAAUUCUAUGUUGCUGAAAACGAAAACAGAAAGAACAUGUUUUGUGUCAUUUGUUUUAAAGGUUAUAAGUGGUGCUAUGAUGCUUAAUAAACUUUUUAUACUCAAAAGAA